CGUGGAGAACUAGAUGAAUCGCUCGGUUAGUUUCUCUUUUUUGUCACACUUCUCCUGACUAGAACCGACUAGGUUUAUGGAUUGCCAGAGAAUUCCGGUCAAACCAGCCGACAGGUUGACUGAAAUCAAGCCGCCCCAUUGGUCAACUGGAAGGAGUGCGGACAGUAUUUGAAAAAAGGGUCCACAGUGGCUCGUACCUGAUGAACUAUUUGAUCUCCUGGGUUCCCCCCUUUGGCAAGGGAUUGAAGGCGAAUGAUCGGUUUUCUUCAUCUCACUGACGAUCGUCCCCUCGCAAGAUGGUUCGACUCUGGAGCCCGACCUGGGUUCUCCUCGCUGCACUGCCGCUGAGUGGAGCCAGCCCAUCAGUCGUGACCUUCACUUCGAGCUAUACUAGCACCGCGACAACGACUAUCACCACCUCCAUCCCGAGUGUCUCCAUCACCAGCACCUGCAGCGUGGGUACGGUCGCUCCGACGGGAUGUGCCGAUGCCAUCUGGUUUGAUGCAGGGAAUUACUGGUCCGCCACUUGCACUACCUCCGCCUACAGUGCCAGUACCACCAAGAUGACCUACUCCUGGGUCAGCGUCUCCCAAUGCGCCGAUGUUUGCACCCACUACAGCAACUGCGCGGGCGUCAACUGGGACGACAGCGAAACUUGCCGCAUCCUCGCCGGGUCGCUGGAAUUGGUGCCAGCCGCGAGCAGUGUUUUGGCCGCCGAGCUCUUUCUUUUCAAUCCCUGUACCUCGCGAGUGACCUCGUAUGUUCCGGAGACUUUGACGCGCACCUCGACUACCGAGUAUACAUCCUUGAUUGUUUCGACCAUCACUCCUACUCCCACUCCGACACCCACCCCAACUUCCACACCAUCCUCUUCGACGCAUCUCAUACCCUCUUCAUCAAGUUCUCCGGUUCGCUCACUACCCACAUCAGCGCUUUCAAGCUCCUCAGCUCCCGCCACUCUUCCACAUUCAUCUGGGAGCCCCUUGGCGACCCCGUCAUCUAUUGUCAGCACCAGAUCCCCCGCCAUCAUCUCCCCUCUCACCAGCGCUGCACCCGCACCAUCCAGUGCGCCGGAUGAGAUUGAAACGCUGUAUUCCACCAUCUACACCACCGAGUUGGUGACCUUUUUCACAGAGUGUGCGUUCUGAUCGACGGUCACUCAUUGUACAUCACCACUCUCGGAGACGAACUUCCCUGUAUAUAUAGGACAGAUUAAAUGUGCACGGCAAGGAUCGAGGUAUCCCAGGUCAGGAGCAUCUGGCGAUGUCAUUUAUCUUUGAUUUAUUAUCUACAAUAUAACAAUGCAUGUGCCUG